AUACCCAAUGAAAAAUAUCGCACGGUAGCCUCGAAUGACGUCAAUAAUAUCUUAUUGUCCGAUAUUCGUUGUACCAUGAAGAUUUUACCAACCGUAACGCUGUGGUUUGUUACCACAAAGAAUAUAGACCAACACCUAGUUCAAUAUGGCUUUAUACCGACUUUUGUAAGGCUAGGAAUAGUUUUUACGAGCGAUAUGUGACGAUGGUCGAAUGGCGGACUAAUAUUCAACUACUUUUAUUUUUGAUGAAGGCAACAACAGGGUUUGAUAUUAAUUCGGGGGUUUGUGGAAUUCCUGAAGUCAAUCCAUCAAUCUCUGCAAGAAUAGUGAAUGGAAGCGUAGCAGAUGAGGGAAAUUGGCCUUGGAUGGUUCUUAUACUGGAAAAUGGUAAUCAAGUAUGCGGAGGAACGCUUAUUAGCAAAGAAUGGAUUCUAACAGUAGCGCAUUGUAUGGUGGGAGACAUGAAGUCACUAAGAAUAUUUGUUGGCGCUCAGCGGAAAGACGCAUCUGAUUCCAACGCCAUGGAAGUCAUAAUUCAUACAUUAAUAUGCCAUCAAGAUUAUGAUUCAUCAACUUUCAAAGAUGAUAUAUGUUUGAUCAAAUUGGCCGAGUCUGUGCCCUUCAGUAAAUAUAUUAUUCCUGCGUGUUUGCCAACCAGUGGAAGUAGCAUGCAAGUGGGAAGUUCUUGUAUUGUUACCGGAUGGGGAGAAACUUUAGGAACAGGAAGUAAUUAUUUGCUAAGACAAGCCGAAGUGUUUGUACUCGACACUGAGCAAUGUCGGUCUUGGUAUGGUGAAAUCAACACCGUUAUACCAAAGAGUCAUUUAUGCGCUGGACACAAACAAGGGGGUACCGACACGUGCCAAGGCGACAGUGGAGGGCCUUUGCUCUACAAAGAAUCUACACAGUCAGGACAAUUUGCUUAUGUACUGCGCGGAAUGACAAGCUUUGGAAAAGGUUGCGCAGAAAAAGAAAGACCAGGAGUUUAUGUGAAGGUGGUGGAUUAUCUAAAAUGGAUUGAAGAAAAUAUAAGAGCAAAUUCGGGUAACUCAUGCAUGCCUAUACAAAGCAAUAUUUGUGGUGGAAUCGUGAACAACAGUGGCACAAUCAUCCGAAAUCCAACAGAUCUUCAAAGUUAUACAUAUCCACCGAAUUACGAUUGUUUGUGGAGAAUCGUUGCACCAGAAGGUUUUCAUAUUCAAUUUAUAUUCCAAUGUUAUUUUUUGAUGCCGCAUUACCGAAGAGGUUGCAAUGACUACAUACUCAUAUCAGACUUAACAGGCGGUAACGAUAUCAUGUUAUGUGGAAAUAAACUUCCCGACGAUCAUAUGGUUGAGAACAACACCGCGGUUUUCCAGUUCAAAUCUGACGAAUCAUACGAAUACCCAGGAUUUGUUGUGGAGAUUCGAUUUGUGGUGUCAACUAGUACUGCUAUUUCCACUAUUCACGACACAACUUAUGAUGUUACUACUACUAUGAAAGCAUCACAAACUAUCAGAGCGACUACCUCUGAUUCCAUUUCAAUAAAAAUUCCGUACUCAAAUAUUACUAUAUUUAUUUAUUGCCUCAUUGUUAUUUAUGUCGUUAAGUGUGAAGAUUUCAUAAGAUUUACAUGUAUCGGUUUUAUAGGAGAAUGCGGUGUUGCGGGGAUAACCAGAAAUAACGGAAGAGUGGUAAACGGUGAUGACGCAACAGCAGGUCAAUGGCCGUGGCAAGCAUCAAUGUACGUAAAAACAAUAAUUCAGUCUUUACAUGCAUUUUACUGCGGAGGGAUUCUCAUAAGGCCAACCUGGAUACUGACUGCGGCUCAUUGUUUGCAGACGUCAUUUCGAAUUGAAAGUAUAAUCAUACUUCUUGGAGCCCAAAACCAAACUAAUUUGGACGAAAUAGGCAGGCAGUAUCAUUACGUUGGAGAAUAUUUUGUGCAUCAAGAUUACGGUGAUGCAAUUGGAAGCUACUUUGCUGACAUAGCUCUUUUAAGACUAACAACUGAAGUUACUUAUGAUUAUUACGUCCGCCCAGCUUGUUUACCUACAUUUGGUUCUGAAGCUACUGUAGGACAGACCUGUUUCAUAUCCGGAUUUGGUGAAACUCAGAAUACUGGGAAUCAAAAUAUUCUUCAAUAUGCCGGUGUUGAUAUUAUAUCACGAGAAACAUGCAAUGAAUGGUACCGUACAUCGCCCCUCUCCAUUCCCAACGGUCACUUUUGCGCUGGGUUUGAAGAAGGUGGUAUUGACACUUGCCAAGGAGAUAGUGGCGGGCCUUUAGUUUGCAUGGAAUCUUCAGUUUAUGUUGCACGAGGGAUAACAAGUUUCGGAGAAGAAUGUGCAAAGGAACGACGACCAGGGGCUUACACUGACGUAGCAACGUAUAUGAAUUGGAUUAUUGAAAAAAUUGGCGAAGAAGAAGAAACAACUGGAGCAUACACUGAAUAUGCUAGUACUCGUAUUGCUACUUCCGAAUCAACUACGUCUCAUGCUGUAAAAUUGAAAUCGAAUGCCGUAUUUAUAUGCAUAUUGUUUUUUACUUUUAUACCAAGUCUAGUUUAAUUUAUUUCAUUGAUUUAGUAGAAAAAGUUCAUUGUAUAUUUGUGCUAAAAAUGAAAUAAUAUAUUUUUACAUCCAGCAAUGUCAAGUAAAAGCCGAAAAGUAUU